AUGGGAGGUCUUGGAGUGAGGGAAACCAUUAAUCACCUCUUCUCAACAUGUCCCUUUGCUCAAAGUGUUUGGAGUUGUACCAACCUGGUCCCUGCGAUUUCUUCUCCAAAUUUUGACUUUCUCACCUGGUUGGGUACACUCACUUCUACUACUACCUCUAGAGGCCCUGACAUCCUAUCCAAAGCUUUGCUGUUAUGUUGGCAGAUCUGGGAAUCUAGGAAUAAUAUGAUUUUCAAAGACAUCAACCCAUAUCCUGUUCGUGUGCUUAUUGUGGCUGGGCAUGUUGGUUUGGACUAUUGGCACCAAAAUUUCAAGGAUGUGGAGGGGCUUAAAACACCUAUUCAUAUUAAAUGGAAACCACCCCCAAGUGGAUGGGUCAAAUUGAACUUUGAUGGUUCUAUCCGGAAUGGUUCAAUGGCUAUUGGUUUUGUUAUUCGAGAUUCUGAUGGUCAGUUUUAUUGGCUAUUGCUAAGAACAUUGGUGACAAUACCAUUUCUGUCGCAGAAUGUACUACUUUACGGGAUAGCCUUGCGUAUGCAACUCAUAGAGGGUGGCGUAAAAGUUCUUGUUGAAGGAGAUUCUAAGCUUAUUAUUGAUUGA